AAUUUUACUGAUUUUACCAUUUCAUUAUGAUCGAAGCAUGGUCUCAGAGCUUUAAAUUUACUGUUUUUCCUCAUUUAACAAUGUUUUCAAUCUUUUUCCAAGAUAGAUUUUGAUGGUUGGAUGAGUCGGGAAAUCUGAAUUCUGUUUUACAGCCAUUACUGGUAUUGUCUUUUUCAUGUAAAGUGAGAUUUACUCCUUUUUUUUUGCUGCUUUAAAUGAGGUUAGGUUUGUUAUCUCCGUAGUUUUCUAGAUUGCGAUGGUAGCAUCCGUCGAAAGCUUCAAAAUUUACUGUUUUCUCAGCAUUUCGAGAGUUUAUGAGGAGUUUCUUCCUCAAGUAGAAAGUGUGAUCUGCUAUUGAUGUUGGGAUUUGCUUCGAUUCAGGACGUGGUUGAGUGGCCAGGUAUCGGUGUGAAUUCCUGUUAAUUUUGGGAUUUUGAUGGCGUUGACGCUGCCCGAAGAUGAGAGUAAUAAAGGGAGCAUGUGGGUCUUGGACCAGAAGCUUGAUCAGCCCAUGGAUGAGGAGGCUGGGAGGCUGAGGAACAUGUAUAGGGAAAAGAAGUUCUCAUCAUUGUUAGUUUUGCGCCUUGCAUUCCAGAGUCUUGGGAUAGUCUACGGAGACUUGGGGACAUCUCCUUUAUAUGUCUUCUACAACACUUUCCCUCAUGGAAAAAUUCCUGAUCCGGAGGAUGUGGUUGGAGCUCUCUCAUUGAUUAUAUAUUCUCUUACACUUAUUCCACUCCUCAAAUAUGUAUUUGUGGUUUUGAGGGCUAAUGAUAAUGGACAAGGUGGAACGUUUGCCCUUUAUUCGUUACUCUGUCGACAUGCGAAAAUAAAAACUAUCCCCAACCAACACCGGACGGAUGAAGAGCUAACAACAUACAGUCGUCGCACAUUUGAUGAGAAGUCGGUUGCGGCGAAAACCAAGAGAUGGUUGGAGGCAUAUCUACAUCGGAAGAAUGCACUUCUCAUUCUUGUCCUUGUUGGCACUUGCAUGGUGAUCGGGGAUGGGAUUCUUACUCCAGCCAUAUCAGUUCUGUCAGCUGCUGGUGGGAUCAAGGUGGACCACCCCCAGAUGAGUAAUGAUGUAGUUGUCGUUGUUGCCUUAGUCAUCUUAGUUGGUUUAUUUAGCAUGCAACACUACGGUACAGACAGAGUUGGAUGGCUUUUUGCACCCAUAGUGCUCCUUUGGUUUCUCUUAAUUGGAAGUAUUGGAGCUCUCAAUAUAUGGAAAUAUGAUAGUUCUGUUCUGAAAGCUUUCUCUCCAGUUUAUAUAUACCGUUACUUGAGACGAGGAGGGAGAGAACGAUGGGCAUCCCUCGGCGGUAUUAUGCUUAGUAUCACAGGCACAGAAGCACUCUUCGCGGACUUGUCCCAUUUUCCUGUAUUGGCAGUUCAGAUAGCUUUCACUGUAGUAGUGUUCCCUUGCUUGCUUUUGGCAUAUUCAGGACAGGCUGCUUACCUUAUGAAGAACACGGACCAUGUGUCAGAUGCUUUCUACCGCUCCAUUCCAGAUGGAAUAUACUGGCCAAUGUUUAUCAUUGCAACAGCAGCUGCUUGUGUUGCUAGUCAGGCCACCAUAUCUGCGACGUUUUCAAUAAUCAAGCAGGCUCUUGCACUCGGUUGUUUUCCACGGGUCAAGGUCGUUCAUACAUCGAAGAAGUUCCUCGGUCAGAUAUACAUACCGGAUAUCAAUUGGGUUCUUAUGAUUCUUUGCAUUAUUGUUACUGCUGGAUUCAGAAAUACCAGUCAGAUCGGGAAUGCUUAUGGAACGGCAGUUGUGAUAGUUAUGCUGGUAACGACGUUCCUGAUGAUCCUAAUCAUGUUGAUGGUCUGGCGGAGCCACUGGAUUCUGGUCGUGAUCUUCACUGCCCUAUCUCUGGCGGUUGAACUUACCUACCUCUCGGCUGUGCUAUUCAAGCUGGACCAAGGUGGGUGGGUCCCGCUCGUGAUCGCUGCAUGCUUCCUUGUCAUCAUGUAUGUCUGGCACUACGGGACAGUGAAGCGGUACGAGUUUGAGAUGCACAGCAAGGUAUCGAUGGCGUGGAUCCUCGGCCUCGGCCCAAGCCUAGGCCUAGUCCGCGUUCCUGGGAUUGGUCUUGUGUACACCGAACUGGCUAGUGGGGUCCCUCACAUAUUCUCCCACUUCAUCACCAACCUUCCUGCCAUCCAUUCCGUUGUCGUGUUCGUCUGUGUGAAAUACCUCCCGGUCUACACCGUCCCGAUUGAGGAACGGUUCCUCGUGAAACGGAUCGGGCCCAAGAGCUUCCACAUGUUCCGCUGUGUUGCGAGGUAUGGAUACAAGGACCUCCACAAGAAGGACGACAACUUUGAGAAGAUGCUCUUCGACAGCCUCUUCGUGUUUGUCCGGCUUGAGUCAAUGAUGGAGGGCUGCUCUGACUCGGAUGAGUAUAGCCUCUACGGGCAGCAGACCGAGAAAUCGGUCGACUUCCUACUGCCCGAGAGCAGCAACACGGCCUCGUCAUCCAAUAUCGAGAUGACCCAAUCGUCACAGGACUCGAUCAUGCCCGUCAAGUCGCCAUUGCGGGCCAACAGCCUGCUGAGGUCGUCGGGGCAGACGAGCAGCCAGACGGAGGUGGAUGAGUUGGAGUACUUGAACAGCUGUAGAGAUGCCGGGGUUGUACAUAUUCUCGGGAAUACGGUGGUCAGGGCGAGACGGGAUUCGGGUUUGAUUAAGAAGAUCGCCGUCGAUUAUAUAUAUGCAUUUCUUAGGAGGAUUUGCAGAGAAAACAGUGUUAUUUUCAAUGUUCCCCAUGAAAGUUUGUUGAACGUGGGGCAGAUUUUCUAUGUAUAGAUUUCCUUAGAUCAAUGGCAUCCUCAUCUUUAUUUUUUUCA